CACCCUUAGUCCAAAAGACCAGAUUGAGUGUAUGCAGGUAAGGGGAACUUCCUCUCACCAAGCAAGAAACCUUCCUUACCCUCCCUGCUUUCACCAAGGACUGAAUAGGCCACCAGACAACCAACAAGUGUGCAGUUUCACAAGUACACACACACUCAAAUUAUACUAAAUCUCACAAACCCACCACAACACACCCUCAGUCUUCCCCGAAAGGCUCCCCCAAAGGGCAGCCCCCUUUGGAGUUACCGACCGCCAGCGGCAGCCUCGUGGCUUUAAGCCCGCCCCUGGUAAUGGCUGCAGGCAACACCUGCAGCUAAAAGUUCUUACCCAGCAACAGCAGGGCAAGAUCUUUGCUUCAAGAGGGCGGUGCUGGGAGAGAUGUUGGUCCUUGUUCCCAGCCCUCCUCCCUCCCUGUUCACACAAGCUCAGUCUUCUAAGAUCUUGCAUGAAUUACCGCUAUUCAUUCAUAAGGACCCUCACAACAUGGGGCUGGAAGUUCUGGAUUUGUGCCGCCUCUUCUGCCUCUCCUCCAAGGCACACAUUGUGCUGUCCCUGAAUCCUAAACACAUGCGUGGGCAGUACUGUUAGCCCUAGGAGGCCGGAGAUCCUCAUCCCAUAGAAAUAUCGGGAGAUCUUAGAAAACCUGAACUUCUUUAAUCGAGACACAUGGAUGGACCUCUACCCUGUAGACAGCCUCUCAGAAUUCUUGUCCUGCCUUCUGUGUUGGAAUUCUCGGGAGGAGCACUUCUCAUUGAGAGAUUCUUUCUCUUUGUAAAUUCACUCUGAAAUGCAGACACAUAAAUGGAAGCUUCCCUUCAGCCACUGCCAUAGGAAGGUAUUCCUCUUUGUUGGUACCAGCUCUCAGGAAAAGAAAUGCCUCCUCUUCAUACUAUGGUCCCCUUCUCCGUGUCUCUCUCCUAUCUCUAUUUCUUUCUUACUCUCUCCAUCGGUUCCUGGUUUUGCCUUCAUUCUAUACUCUUCUGCAACUCAUGUUACUGCUUCUUCCCAUGUAAAUUCCCUUUCGUUUCCUGUUAGUACCUUCACAACUCCAUAACCCAACUGCUGUUGCAGGUGAGCCGCACUCUGAGGUGGGUUUAUCCAGCUGAGGACUUCUUUAUUGUGAUGACAUUAUCUUCUACCAGUCAGGAAGCAGACUUUUCUGUUGCCCUAGCUCAGCAGUCACCUGUUAGUCAUUAUGACCUCAGUGGUUCUGUUCCCUAGCUGACGGGGAAUUGGCCAUGUGCUCAGCAGACUCAGCAGUCUCUGCCGAGUAUAUUUCUUCUCUGAUUGUAUUCAGCCUGUCUAGUAGUUAACUUUGUACUACAGAGGGACUCCAAGGAUAGUCUGACUUGCUGCUGUUUGUAUCUGGCAGGAUGUACAUGGAGGGCCACGAGGUUACCUUGGAUCAUCACUCUACCAACCCCACCGGGGACAGAAAAGACAGUGCCAAGUCCCUCCCCAGUGAAGCUAUCAAGAAGCUUAGCAGCAUAGAUAGUCUCUCUUCUGGCAGUAGUUUACAGCAAGAGACCUUUGCCACAGCACGUAACUUCAGCCCUCAAUUGAGUAGGAAGAUGGAUGGCACAACCAAUGCUUCCAGGAAGGCGCCUGUCAUCCCAAUAGACCUCGAUGGUGCACUGGAUACGAAUGCAUCAUGCAGCAAAUUGGAUUCCUCCUUGACCAAAGGGCUUCCUGGACCACCCUUCAUUUGCAAGCAUACUGUGGAUGACAUCAGUGCACAGGUCUCCUGGAUGGCCCCUUUCUCCAGGCAGCCGGUGAGUUUUUACCAGCUGGUGGUGCAGGAAGUAGACGUGAACAGUACAGAUACGGCCACUGAGAAACUCAACCCAUGGUUGCUCCAAAUAGCAAGCACCUCAGUUGAACUGCGGAACCUAACACCCAAUGUGGAGUAUCUCGUCAGAGUCCGUGCGGUGACUACAGCGGGUGCAGGGGAGUGGUGCAAACCCUACAAGUUUGCGACGCUGGUCCCCGCUGGGGAAGGAUUCUCGGAUCCAGGCCAUGUCACGGUUACAGUAUGUCGGAAAAAAGAUGCACACAGGAAAGUGAUUUGUUUAGAUAGAUGUGGCAGAGAGGGUCUUCAUGGUAGAUCGAAGUCAUUAAGGGUCUGGCCAAGCCAGACUUGAGCAGCAUAUAGCUGUGUAAAUAAAAGGAGAUGUGUCUUUCUCAUUGAACUGUAGAGAAGUCCCACUUCCCGACUGAUCAGCUGGUGCAAAUAAUUUAUCUAAACUCAACAAUGGAUCACUGUCUGGUUUAUGUGGCAUGUCAAACAAUAGACCUUAGAAACCAUGUUUUCAGUAGAAGUCUGCACCCUGGAGUUCUCAUUCAGGUUCCUGAGGAAGGGGCUCAGAGCUCAGGAGCUCCUCUGGGGUGUGAUGGCCUCUCCAUGGAAGUGCCGAAAUGGGAGUUUUGCUCUUUUGAAACUCGAGAUUCCAGGUGUGGGUGCUGAGCGGUGGGUGGUCAGGUCAUAUGUCUAACCCUUUGCCCUCACCAGGAGGGAACAGUUUCCAAAGACAACUAGAAUAUGCAAUGCAUCGCUUGGCCGGGGUAGAGAGAGGAUAUCUCAUGGUAAAAAUGAACAUCCCCCUUUUUUUAACCUCUUCCCAUGGUGUAGUGACAGUCUUACAGUGGAGGAAGGAUGGUUUUGUGGAUAAGACCUGGGAGAGCUGUGUUCAGCUGUCAGCUCUGGCUGUGCGGUCUCACCCCGGCAAGUCACUUAUCCUCCACAUGUCCAUUUCCCAGUUGUUAAAAGGGGGAUAAUCACACCUGCCUGCUUCUCUGUGCUUUUGAGCAUAGAAUCGUUCGUAUUUGCAGGGCACGCUGAUGAAGCCAUAGAAAAGCUUUUAUGUAAAUAAGUCACUUGGCUAAACAACUUGCUGCAGUGCUUUCAAGAAGCACUGAAACAUUCCACCAAAAUAUUGGUGUACCAUUACACGUUAACCAUAGGUUGUCAUAUGGAUGUUACAAGGAGGAGGAAGAAA